AUGGCUUUUGUGUCCACACUGAACAGGAAGAUCAAGAGCUCUCAUUUGCAGAAUGGCAUUGAUACGGAAAAUCAGGAAACCAAAACCAAUUAUACAUGGCUUCCUCCCAACUUGCCCAGUAAGUGCACAUGGAAGCCAGGGAAGCCCAUCUCCGACUCACCUCAUUCCCAUGUGCCCUUGCCGGAAGAAACAAACAUCCUGCCGAAUAUUCUGAAGAAAGUUGGCCGCACCCCUCUGGUUCGAAUCAACAAGAUUGGGAAAGCCUAUGGACUGAAGUGUGAGUUCUUGGCAAAGUGCGAGUACUUCAAUGCUGGGGGGAGUGUGAAGGAUCGAAUCGCCCUGAGGAUGGUGGAGGAUGCCGAAAGAGCUGGGAUCAUAAAACCCGGAGACACACUCAUUGAGCCAACAUCAGGAAACACAGGAAUCGGGCUGGCCCUGGUUGCUGCAGUGAAAGGCUAUCGCUGCAUCAUUGUGUUGCCAGAGAAAAUGAGCAUGGAGAAGGUUGAUAUACUAAGGGCUCUUGGUUCUGAGAUUGUUAGGACUCCAGCCACCAACUUUGAUUCCCCUGAGUCUAAUGUUUCUGUUGCUCGGAGGCUGAGAUAUGAAAUCCCGAACUCCCACAUUCUGGACCAGUACCGAAAUCCCGGCAACCCGAUGGCUCAUUAUGACACCACCGCUGAGGAGAUCCUGGAGCAGUGCGAAGGCAAGGUCCACAUGGUCGUGGGUGGAGCUGGGACAGGAGGUACCAUCACUGGCAUUGGCAGAAAGCUGAAGGAGAAGUGCCCGGAAUGCAAAAUUGUUGGUGUAGAUCCUGAAGGUUCCAUUGUCGCUCUGCCCAGUGAGCUGAACACGGCAGAGGACGCAACCAUGGAAGUAGAGGGGAUUGGACAUGACUUUAUCCCAACUGUCCUUGACAGAUCAGUGGUGGAUCUGUGGUGCAAGUCCAAUGACGCAGACUCCUUUCUCAUGGCUCGCAGGCUGAUUAGAGAGGAAGGAUUAUUGUGUGGUGGCAGCUCCGGUAGUGCAAUGUCUAUUGCUGUGAAGGCUGCCAGGACUCUGACGGAGGGUCAGCGCUGUGUUGUCAUCUUGCCCGACUCCGUCAGGAACUACAUGUCCAAGUUCUUGAAUGAUAGGUGGAUGGGCAAGAAUGGAUUUCUAAAAAAUGUCCAGGAACACAAGCCUUGGUGGUGGAAUGUCAAGGUGCAAAAGCUGAAUCUCUCGGCCCCUCUGCUUCUUGUCCCAGAAGUCAACUGUCAAAAGGCAAUCGAAAUCCUCAAGGAGAAGGGCUACGCCCAGGCGCCAGUGGUUGCUGAAUCUGGUCACAUUCUGGGAAUGGUGACUCCCAGUAACAUCCUCUCCUCCGUGCUGGCUGGAAAUGCUCAGUUCUCAGAUCCAGUCAUCAAGGUCAUCAGUAACCAGUUUUCAAAGAUUAGCCUGGAUGACAACCUUGGAAACCUCUCUAGUAUCCUGGAGAAUGAUCAUUUUGCUAUAGUUGUACAUGAUCAGAUGCAAUACAUUGGAGAUGGCAGUUAUGCCAAGAAGCAGAUGGUGUUUGGAGUGGUGACGGCCCUGAAUCUCCUGAACUUCAUUACCCGAAAGGACAAGAGCCAGCAACAAAAAGUUGCUUCAUCAAGGGGCUCUAUUGCCUCAGAUGAAUCUGAAAUAAGCCACUGAAGAUUUUUCAAAAUUAUGAGGCUAAGAUUUUAAUUGACUAAUCUUUGGUCCCAUACAUUUGACCGCAUCUGAAAUGACAUCAAAGGAAUCUGUGGAUCAGGAUGAUCUGACUAAAGAACAAAGUUUAAUUAAAAUAAGGAGUUAUACUGAGAUAAUAUUAUAACACAACAUUGGGGGGAUGGUGAGGGAGUUAAUAUAUGGGUCUUAUUGCACAGAUGUUGUAAGACUUGUCUCUUGCUGUUUCAUGGUUAAUUAACACCUUCUAAAUGUUAAUUAACACCUUCUCCCACUUCAAGAGAUACAUGAUUAUGGCUGGGGCUGGAGCCAUGAUGGGAGAAGCUCCAGCCCUCUCCCAAAUUUCAUCCCUGGCUGGGGGAAACCCCUGCUGAUUGGCUGUCUUCCCCACUCACCACCCUUCUGGGGAAGAGCAGCCAAUCAGAGCUACUGCAGGCAGAGUUUCUCUCCUCCUUCCCUCAGGGGCAGACCCUGUUCUUACAGGAGGGGAGAAGGGAGCAUGUAGGACCCAGCAGGUUAGGGCAGCUCUGCUUCCUUUCACUCUGGUGAACAAUGGGAUGGCUCCUCUGCUCCUCCCCCAUUUGCCCUCCAUCCCUGCCACACCUGGACUGGGAAGGAGAAGAGGGGACCCUGAAGCAGCCCCCACAUCAGGGCCUAGGAGAGAGGGGUGAAGACUCUCAGGUGCUGUAGGAAGAGCACAGGUGAGGCUGGUGGGGCUGAAUUGAUGUGGGGAACAAGGGAAUGGGCAGAACCAAUGCAGGAGCUACCAGGGGGACAGGAUUGGUAUGGGAGUUGAAGGGCAGGAUUAUUUCCUGAACAUGGGUUGUGCAGAUGGGGAGGGGAGAGCUCCUGUAGCAAAGGCCAAAAUCCCCUUACCCAGGACCUUUGGGAGAAUGGCCAGCACUAAUUGUCACCUAGACACACUGGGGAUGGGCAGGGGGAGCUCCAAACUCAAAAGACAGCCCAAAAACACAAUGUAAUCUUUUAUUUUAAAAAAAUCAUGAUUUUGGGGCCAAUUAAUUAUUUUUGGGGUCUGAUGUGAUUUUUGAAGCUUUGGAGUCCAUUCCAGGAGCUGUUAGCAGAGUUCAGAAGAGCCACUUGUUAGAGCUGCAAAAACACAGAAGGAAUUAAGUGCACAGUAAGAGAAGAGUAAACAAACGAAAUCACUUUUGCAGCCCAGUUUAGGGGAAUAGGCACAAUUGCUUCAGGCAUGUGCUGUGGACAGAUUGAGAGAGGAGCAACUAGUUUCAGUUUUAGCUUUUCCUAAACGACAAGUCUGUGUUUUUAAUCUAAUCUAGUAUGUACAAGGUUUUUGAUAAAUGAUGAAGUAUUUAUGGUUAGGAAUGGUGUCUGCUGCUUUUUGUUUGUUGAGUUAUACACAAUACAUCAAAUCUUUUGCAAGUAUUUGGGUAAGUGUUUGUUCACAUCUGGUUUAUGGCCAAAAAAGCAGACCACCCCAAGAAGCUGUCCUCUUAAUAUUUCCCACUAGAGCUAGAACUGGAAAUCUCAGGAGAUCCUUUGCAGAAUCAGGAAGUUCAGACAGUUUGGGAUGGCCUCCACACCAAACCCAAAAACCAUGGUGGGGGUGGGGGGCGGGAGCAGAGAGGAGGGGGAAUAACAAAAUGUGAUGAAGUCUCUCUUCCAAAACCAGAGAGGGCAUCCUGAAGAACAAUGUUUGUUACCUGGAUGGAGACUUAGGGCUUGUCUUCAUGUACAAUGCUACAGUGGUGUAGUUAAUCCACCUCCCCGAGAGGCAGUAGCCAUAUUAAUGGGAGAAGCUCUUCCAUCGACACAGCGCUGUCUACACAGGGGGUUACGACAGUAUAACGAUGUCACUCAGGCGUGUGGAUUUGUCACGCCCCAAGCGACAUAGUUAUACCACUACAGGUCUGUAGUGUCGCCCUGGCUUUAGGGCUUGUCUAUGCUUAUAGCACUGCAGCACUUAGUGAAGAUGCUACCUAUGCUGACAGGAGAGCUUCUCCCAUUGGCAUAGUUAAUGCAGCUCCCUGAGAGGCAGUAGCUAUGGUGACGGGAGAAGCUCUCUGUCGCCAUAGCGCUGUCUACACUGGGAGUUAGGCCGGUAUAACUACAUCACUCAGGGUUGCAGAUUUUCCACACCCGUGAGUGACGUAGUUAGGCUGACAUAAGUUGAUAGCGUAGACCAAGCCUGAGGGUCAGAUCCUACCCUUACUGAACUGAAGGAACCUCACCUUUGAUUUCAGAGAAAACAGAAUCAGGCCCUUGCUGGUGGAUUUUUUUCUCUCAAAUUCAUCCAAAGAAUGGUUUCAUAAAUUGAGAGGGGGAAAAAAAUCACCAAAUGAAUCACAAAAACAAGAACUUUCCAGUAGGAAGGAGUGUGGCUGGCUGUAUGCAUGUGUGUGUGAGAGAGAGAAUUCCAUUUGCUGUUUGUCCAGCAGCACACAAGGUUCUGAUAGCUGCAAGAAAUUCUUUGUUAUAUAUAUGAAGAAAAAUCAUUGUACUUUAUA